AUGUGAGUAGAAGACGAUUUGGGGGACUCAUUUGCUGAUCUGUCACUCCGUGCCGCAUGUCCGUGCGCGUCAGCAGCAGCAGCAGCAGCAGCAGUUCCCCCGAUGAGCGACAGGCCUGUAGGGCACCUCUACGGCCGUGACGUGUAUGCGUUUGGCGAUGGCGGCUACGCGUUCGAGGCCAAAGGGGAUCUGCGCCCUCUGCGCAAAGAGGACUGCAAGGCCGUCAGCCUAUUCGCCAAUUAUUCGCCGACGUCCAAAGGUACAGUCUGCCUGCCUGCCUGACUGUCUGUGAGUUCUCUCUGUGUGUGUGGCUUGUGUGGUCAGUGAGGAUACCGACGGCUUCAUCCAGCUGCCAUCCGGUGUCCGCUACCGCAUCGUUCAGCGCGGUGAUGGCCAAGCGCCUACACUCAACCAGACCGUCCGCAUAGACAACCUCGUGUGGCAGGGCGACGGCGAGGGCUUCAACGACCGCUCGCGGCCGCGCUAUCGCGAGGUGGAUGAGCGCAUUGACGACAGCAUGCCUGAGUGGCGUCGGGAGGCGCUGCUGAGCAUGAAGGUGGGGGAGGUCCGGCGGCUGAUUGUGCCGGCCACGGUGGAGGACGGCCGCCGCCGACAUGAGCUGCGGCUGUGGGCUAUUGUCAACGAGCGUUGAUGCCCAGGCGGCUUUUCUUCAUUGUUUUUUCUUUUUCUUUUUUGUCGUCGGCUGGGGGCAGCGCUGCCCUCUUGUCUGUGGAUGUAUGCUUGAUGGUCUCUACCUAGCGAGGAAGGGGUGGAUGCACAACCGAUAUGUGAGAAAAAAGAAAGGAGAGCGUGAUGUGGAUGGCUGUCUGCGUCAGAGUAGUGUAUCUUUGUGGGGUUCUCUCUCCGUGUGCGGGCCGCCUCUGCUGUCCUCGAGCACAUCACUCACUCACACAUACAAGGAGCUGUGAGCUCUCGGGCAGCAGAUUCGACAGCGCAUGGAGGGAAAGACUGCGCAGGAUAGAUAGCUGUGGCUGCUGUUCAAUUAGCAAGACAGGCAGUUUUCCGUGGUUUCUCGUGUGUGAGUGUUUCUUGCCUGCGUAGUACGUCGCUGGCCUUUCGGACAAAGGACAUAGUGCAUGUGUGUGAUGUCACGUUGGGCUGUCAAGCAGACGGUUUCGAAUUGAGAUGAAAUAUACCGGUGUGU